GCAGCCUGGUCUCUGCUCUUGGUGUGGCUGCCGCAUUGGCACACAUCCAGGUAGUGGCAGUUCUGUCUCGGAUAGACAUUUUCUUCUUUUGACUCUGGCUUCUCUCUUCCUUUGGUCCUGAAACGGAGGCUGCGGCACCUCGGUGAAACCUGAGCUACCUGAUGAGCAACAUUGCUCCGAUGGCCUCGCGGGCGCUCGCCGCGUGGCGGCAGCUCAUCAUGCUCCUCGCUCUCCUCUUCCUCGACGCCGCCGUCGCGAGGCAGUGCUUCUGGCCGGGGCAGGCGCCCGAUGACGCCGGGUGCCUGAGCUGGCGCGUCAUGGUGGAGGCCAACAACGCCCGGGGCUGGCGCACGGUGCCCGCGCAGUGCGUCGGCUACGUCAAGGGGUACAUGACCCGGGGCCAGUACCUCAGGGACCUGGCCGGCGUCAUGGAGCAGGCCUCCGACUACGCCGACCAGGUCGACGCCGGCGCCGACGGCCUCGACGCCUGGGUCUUCGACAUCGACGACACCUGCCUCUCCAACCUGCCCUACUACGAGACCAAGCAGUUCGGGGCGUACGACCCGUCGGCCUUCAAGGCGUGGGCGAGCAAGGAGGCCUGCCCGGGGAUCCCGCCGGUGCUCGGGCUGUUCACGGCGCUGCUGGACAAGGGCUUCAAGGUCUUCCUCCUCUCCGGGAGGGACGAGGAGACCCUGGGCCCGUGCACGACCGGGAACCUGGAAGCGGAGGGCUUCUCCGGGUACGAGAGGCUCAUCAUGCGGACUCCGGAGUACCGCGGGCAGAGCUCGUCGGUGUUCAAGUCGGCGAUGAGGAAGCAGCUCGUCGACGAAGGCUACAGGAUCCGCGGCAACGUCGGGGACCAGUGGAGCGACCUGCAGGGCGACUGCGUCGGCGACCGCGUGUUCAAGAUACCCAACCCCAUGUACUUCGUCCCCUGAAGGAAAAUUUCUGCCUCGACAUGCCUGACCGAUUUCAUCAGGAUCAAAGGUUGAGCGUACAAGCUAUGUAGUGAAAAAAACGUGAUGUAAACGCAUGGCCAAUGUGGAAGAAGCACAGGCCGUAAAACAAAUGCAAACAAAAAAAACAAGAUGAAAAACCCUCUUCUUUCA